CGUGGAUUUUCUCGAUUUCUGGAGAACCCAGCUGAAAGUCUCUUUGAACUUUUUAAAGCCUAAUAAAAUUCAUAGAGUAAAGAUAAACCCUUUUUUAGGUAGGAUAAUCACAGUUCAAGCUGUUAACACAUCUUUAAUUUUAAUAAAAUGAAAAUCACGGAAUUUAAGAAAUGUUUUUUAGGGUAAACUCAAAAAAUUACAUUAAAAAGGUUGAAUGUUUACGUACCUUAUAAAGAGGUUAAGUAGUGCAUCACUAGAAGAGUAUACGUUUUAUAGUUUAUGCUAAUAUAAGAAAUUGAUAUAUGCUCACUAGAAACUUCAUCAAAAUAAGUGAAGAAAAAAAACUUUCUCUGCGGGUGCAACGUUUACCUAAACAUACGUAUAUAUAAAAUAAAAUAAAAGAUUUCACGUUAGAUAUUGCUAUUUAUCUCAGAUGAGAAACAAAAGAUAAAAAGUAAGAUUUAGUAAAUGUGAUAGUUAUCAAAAUCCAACCUUCAGUAGGGAACUAGCAAAUAAUGGGAUAUCUCUUUCCACACAUGCAUGUCUUUCUAUCGACUCAGUGAAGCCGAAAAAAUGUUCGCAUGUGGGAUGUCUUAUGUGAAAAUAUAUAUCUCCAUAUUUGCUAGGUUCCUAAUAAAUUAUACAAAAAACGUAAAGAGUCUUUUCUAUGUCGACGAGAGAAAAGUUUACAUACUUAUAUGUCAUUAUAUGGUUUGGUCGGUCGCAUAACAAGAGUGGGUUUAAAAUUGGUUUCUUCCUCUCUUGCAUUCGAGCUAUAAUUUACAAAUUAAAACUCAAUCGACUAUUCUGUAUGUUCAUAAGAAUAUCACUAAGAAACACGAGAUGUGUUCAACGUUUUGAUGGGCAUUGAAAGUAUCUCAUACCAGCAGCUUUCAAGAAAGCCGGCAUAUCACUACUACCAUCAUUCUAAUGUGUGAAUCCAUCCUCGGCUAAACAUCUCGAGUCUGUUUGAAACAACUCGAUCUCGAGUGUCAAAGAUAACAGAUUGACUGUAUGCUUGGUUCGUUACCUUUCCGUGUCGUGAUUGAUAGAAUAGCAGAGAAGCAAAAAACAGAAAAGACAUGUUAAAAGUACAUUUUGAUUUCUUCAAAAAGAGAAAAAUUUUGCGCUGAGUACUAUCAUAUAAAAUGGAAAUGAAUGGGGUCAGGGGUCAGGGGGCACUAUUGAAAUGGUUCGAGAGUUUUGUAAGGCAGACCUCCAAAAAUGUCAGUUGUGGGAUGGUAUUCCAUGCCUCUGCAGAUCAAUACAGGAGUCCCGUGGAUAUCUGUCCUUGCUAAUUUUCCUUUCCGGAUAUACACUGACAACUUGGGUAAUGAUCUAUACUGCAUCGCGAGUUUCUUGCCGACGAUACUCCAUUAUUUGCCAGUAAUGCCGACAGAAAAUCUGUUGUAUCAGGCAUGAGCCAAAAUUUAUCCAAAGUUCUCUCUUGGUCUAUAAAAUAGCAGUGCAGUAAACAAGAAGUGCUCAUGAAAUUAUUGAUCCAUUGUUUCUCAGAAAAACCGAAAUACACGUAACUGAUAUACAUAAGGACCUACCUUUCUGGAGAGAACAAAUCAACUACUUUUAUAAAAGUGUAGUGAAAUUACUGACAUGAUACAAUGUUACAAACUUUGUUUUAGAACACUCGAUCAAAUGUAUGAGUCCUUACACAGCCUAUUAGCUAUGUAGAUUGUGUCUACACAGGAACAUAUUCAUCUCAAUUCAAAGUACUAUAUAAAGUGCUUUGAGCAAAAAACAUAUUAAAAUACACAGAAUCAAAUACAGUCCCGGAACUGUCAUGCUAGUAAACAGAAAACAUUUUCCUAAAUCUCCUAUAUUUGUUCAAAUAACAAAUAUUUUUCUCCAAGAAUCAGUGAUUAUUCUUAGAGGUAAACAGUUUUGUGUUUUAUCUAAAGGUUUUGCGUGUUUCUCCAUGAAUGAGUUGAUAUGCAUAAUUUUGUUAUUCUAACAAAUAUUAACAACAUAUUGCUCUGAACAUCUUGACUCUUUAUCUCACUAUUUGGUUUCCGUGUUUAGGCUGUCUGUGGGAAGUGUUGACACCUUCUUGAAAUCUAUGUGCGCAACUCCCGCUCAAAACUAAUGCUACAGGCAAAAGAAUUUCUGGAUUUCCACGAAAACUACUGUGUUUAGAGUGUCAUAUAAAAUACGACUGAUUGUAGCAUGUUAUUAGAAAAAAUGUUUUAUACCGCGAUGAAUUCAACUGAUGUUGUCUUUUACAGUAUCGUUCAAGAUGUCUGACGAUGAUUUUACCUAUAACGGACAAGUUUAUUAUCAGAAUAAUCCGUAUUGAGUUAAAGGAUCAUGUAGCAGUACAUCUGUUUUCAUAAGCAGUUUUUAUAAACGUUUAAAGGUUGAUCCAGAAGAUCAUUUACUUGAUGAGCUUCAAUCGAAUAGUAUAAUGGAUUAUUUUAUGUUUCUGCCGGUUGAACAUAAACUAGUUUUAAUUAAAAAACAACCGGUUAGCAAAACAGUACAACAAAGUACAACAUCAGCAACAGCUCGUGAUGAAAAUACGCAAAUUGUGAAUGACGAAAUGGACUGGAACGAUCGUAGCACAGAUCAUGAUGACCUGUCAUUAUUAACCACACAGAAGAAUUCAUUACAAGAUGUGUAUGAUCCAACAGAACUUUUCACAGCAACGACUUCUUCAAUUUCUAACGUUUUCUAA